AUGAAACCAUCUGAAAUAAAUUCGAAAUCCGUAGAGAAUAAACUUGUCAAUACAGUGUACAAUUAUAUUAAAAUUGCCGGCAGAGGAAAGUUUAGAGUUGGAGAUACCGUUCGUAUCAGUAAAUAUGAACAUGUGUUUGAUAAAGGAUAUCUGCCCAACUGGACCGCCGAAUUGUUUAAAAUCGUUAAAGUGAAAAUCAUAGAUCCAAUUUCAUAUUUAUUGGAGGACAUUCGCGGCCAGCCGAUUAAAGAUGCUUUUUGCGAAUUCGAACUUCAAAGGACCGCUCAACCCAACGUUUACCUCGUUGAAAAGGUGUUGAAAAGGAAGAAGGAUAUGUUGUACGUAAAAUGGUUGGGGUUCGAUUCAUCGCAUAAUUCUUGGAUAUCAAAUAAAGAUAUAUCAUAA